AAUAACCGUAUAUAUUUAUUUUACAUUAUUUUUAUUUUUUUUUCACUUUCAUUUCUGCCGUCGACAGUCCGCGAGCAGCUCGAAUUCACAAAACCCGAUCCAGUCUGACGCUGCGGGCUCAUCGCAUCGUACAUUUUACCCCUCAUCAUCUUUCUGCAUUUUUGUUCUUAUUUUAUUAUUUAUUCCUCGCUUCGUUACUUUAUCAUUGUUUUUUUUUUUUUUUUUUUUUUUUUUUUUUUUGUAUAUAUAUAUAUAUAUAUAUAUAUAUUAAGUCCACUAUAUACGAGUGUGUUUAAAUCGAAUAUUAUAUACAUUAUUAUUAUUAUUAUUAUGCGUGUGUCGUAUGUUUCCGCGGCUGCAAUUAUUAUCGUGAUCGGUGAAGACGAGUGGUGUACUACGCAAAAAAAACUUUGAUCGUCUCGACUAUAUACCUCCUAUAUUUACAAUAUCAUCGGGUGCGAGACCGGCGCGAACACCUGCAACGACCGUCCGCGCCAAGAACUUCGAACCCUCGUCUGCCCGCCCGCAUCAUCAUCAACGAGACAGCAGGUAAAUAAAAAUAUAAUUUGUCCGUGUUAUUUAUCAGUUAUUGUCGUGAUAAAUUAUCACCAUAAUAUUUCUAAAUGAGAAAAUUAUUCCCGAUUUUCGUCCGAUCUGUACGUCAUAUUAUUUAUAAUACAUAAAUCCUGGCUCAGUCGAGUUGACGAAUUCGUUUUUUUUAUUUUUUCUGUCAUUUACAUAUCUAAUAUACCCAUUAUUAAUACGCACAAACGCGGUAACGAAUAAAACGGACGAUUUAUAGUUGAAAAAAAAAAAUAAUAAUAAUAAUCUUGCGAAUUUCGUAUCUCGAGUAUAACCCAUAUACCUACGGGUUUCGUGUUUUGAGUUCCGUUUACGUGGCUGUACAAUACACAAUAACACGGCGUACGCACCGGAUCAGAACGGAACAUAAGUCUCGGCGACUGUAUGCCGCGAUGUCUGUGUAGAUAUAAGAGAAUGUUACGAUAAAAAGUAUACAACGAGUUGUAUACAUUAAAAAUUACAUAAUCGUUUUAUGUAUGUUUUUUUUUUUUUUUUUAAUACAUAAAACUCGCGCACUGGGUCAAUAUAUUAUACGCGCGUACAAUAUAUUAUUUUUUAAACUAGUUUACCGAGUCUCGCGUGUCAUGUUAUUCAACUUUAAGUGGGUACCCGCAAGUGUAAUAAUAUUAUUAUUUAACUAGCCGUUUAUGCGGAUUUCGAAUAUAUUAUAAUGUUAUUAUAAUCCACGCGUGUACCUAUACGGAUUUCGUCCAGCGUUACGUGUUUCGAGAGAAAAAAUUCGUCGUCGUACGGUAACUGUCGAUAUUUCGUCCCGCGCAAUUAUCGCAUAAAACGUGGCAAAAAAAAAAAAAAAAAAAAAUUACGAAUUAAAAGUGGUAUUCGCGGCCAUAGAAAUGCCGCCGAUGAAUCAUAUUAUAAAUAUACGAAAACGAUAAUAUUGUCACCGUCGGACGAUAAUGCUGUAAACCUACAUUUUUUUUUUUUCUAUUAUGACAUUCUGCCGAAGAUAAUGAUAAUAAUAUUAUUGUUGCCGUUGCGAACCGUAUAGGUAUAUCGUCCGACGGUGAAAGGUUUCGAGCAGACUCCGGCUGAGGGCGAGGGAGACUAUAGGAUGAGGAUGAGGAAGGAGCGUAGGUAAUUGUUUAUUUUGCAGUGCGAAGGUAUUAUAUUCAUAUUACUUGUAUUAUGUACACGCGAAAACCACAAAAAAAAAAAAAAAAAUCGUAAAUGCCGACGGUGAUUCCAGAGAACCUUAAAUAACCCUGGAACCUCGUAUCUGCAGCACAUCACACGAGAACCUUGAAGAUAUUCUUUAUUUUAAGCGAAUAUAAACUCAGAAAAAAAAAAAAUUAAAAGUUUCUCCGCGCGGAUUUAAGUCUGUAUACCCGUUAAAUAUUGGUUUAUCGAUUUUUACGGCGGUCAAUAAAAAUUCCCGAGGCUAUUUUGCGUACAAAUAUGUAGGUAAGUAAUUUCAAUAUUGUAAUCUUCGGUGAAAAUUGUGUUAAAACGCCAAUCGGGUUCGUCGUUACUUUUGGUCGGUACCUAAUCAACAGUUCUAAUCUCUAUAAAAUAAUAUUAUGAUAGACACGAGGAAACUGCAUAAUAUAAUCACAAUAACAUCUCGAGCUUAAGCGCAACUAGAGGGGUGCUAGAGGUUCAAUAGAACAUCUCUCCAGGAUAAAAUUAACACCCUCCCCUCCCAAAAAAAAAACCCAAUAAGAUUUUUCAUAAUAAUGACUAAAUAUUUUAACCAUGUAUUUCAUAAUUAAUGAGCCGAACCCAAAAUUAAUGGUCUGAUCGUUCCUAUGUGCACUAUAUAUUUUGAAAAAUAUAUAAUUACAUAGUAUUUACUUUGUUAUAUAUUUUGUAUAACUCGGUCGUUAAAGUUUAUCGACAUUGCAGAUCCGAUCCGGUCCCGAGGUAAUUUGUUUUAAAUGCGAAUUUAAAAUUACGAACGAUUUAUACGCAUCUAUAGUAUUAUAAAUUCGUAAUGGACAUAAUUUACUAUCAAUAUCUUUAUAAUGGGUACGGUGCGCUGUACUCUAAGUGUAUAAUUAACGAUGUAUAUAUUAUGAUAUAGCAUCGUGUAUCAAGGUAAAUAUAUUACCUACAUAUAAUUUAAUUUCAGUUUAUAUUUUUUUUAUUAAAACAAAUUCUCAACGCGUAGGUACCUUAACUAUAUUUAAUAACAGAAAUUAUAAUAAUGUAUAAAAUACAUAUUUUUAUUUGAGUUAUUAAUCAAAUAACCUUUAUCGAUACCUUAGAGAUUUAGUUGACCAUUAGUCGAUUAACUGAACCUAGCUGCAAUGGAACAUGCGGAAGUACGGUCUAAAAAUGCGUCAUCUACGUGGUCCGUGUUUCGCCUUCCGUGUUCAAAUAUAAUUAUAAAAUAAACGUUAAUAUUUAUAAAACACAUAAACCGAAGAAAAAUCGAACGAAAAGAAUCAUAAUAAGCAAAGGGUUCGGCGGAUUUUAUCCACUGAUCCACACCGGGGGUUUUUUUUAAAAUUAUUUUUGGUUGUUCGGCAAACGUGAUAAAUUAUGAUUUGUUUUUAAUUAAAAAAAAAAUCAAAAAUUUUACUGAAAACCAUUUGAUUAUUUUUAAAAAAUUACGUCCUGUUUUCCGCAAUUGUCUGUCCUGUUUACAAUUUCAUUAUAUAAAAUGUACAUUUUUGUUUACAUCAUUUCAACUAGUAGUACGCGCAGGAGAAGGAAGAUUUAGGAGAGGGGGUUUACACGAUUGAGUAUUUAUAUUAUUUAUGAACAUAAAGUAACUAUAUACGACUGACAAAAAUAUUGGUACUUACAGAAGUUCGAUUAUAAAAUUUGAAAUAUAUUUUAACUCAUAGACAAGCUUACAGACUGCAUCGAUUGAAGCACUUAAUUGAUUUUAUCAAAUCUUUUACGAGAAUUAAACGUUUCCAAAUUAUAAAGAUUUGUCAAUUUCAAUGUUAAAUAAUUAAAUAAAACGUGUUAAUUUAAAAAUAUGCUUCAACCAAUUAAUAAUAGAUUUUUAAAAUCGAACCACAGAAAGUACCUCAAUUUUUGUCAGACGUUUAGGUGCUUUUAAUAAAAAUUCCAUAGUAGGUAUUUGCAAUGAACUUUAAAAAAAAAAAAAUAAUAUAAUAUAUCCACAUAAAACCAAUUAAAUUUCGAAAUGUUGCAUAUAAUACGUAACAUAUAUUUUCGACGUUUUCGUACAAAGUUUAUUUUAAAUUUUAAACUUUUAGGCUAAAAUAGUAUACGUGCAACGAAAAAGGUCGUAUCUUUUUCAACGUUGCUCACAAUAUAGGUCGUUACAUGUUCAAAGAAAUUGGAUUAGAACAGUGUUUUUUAACCUUAGUGCCGUGACCUUUUUGUGACCAAUUUACAUGGAAAAUAUGCGUUUAACUUUGUUUUUUUUUUAGAUUUUACUUAUCUAAUUGGUAAAAAAUUAAAAAAUUACAUAAAAAAAGUCUUAUAAAGUUUUUUAUUUCGUGGAAAUUUCAUGUGCCGUGUUUCAAAAAAGCUUUGAAAACAACUAGAUUAGAAGUGGGAAAAAGUAAUAUAAUAAAUAAAACUAAUAAAAGGUACGACCUUUUUCGUUGCAGCAUGCGGUAUGGGCAUGCAUUUGAAUUCAUAUAAUAUCCAUAUUGAGCUAAUCUCAGACAGGUAGCACUCGAGCAUGUGUACCAGCGAUCAUUUAUUUUAUAUUAUUAUUAUUACUAUUAUUUCUUUGAUUCAAUCGGUUUAGAUUGCCUAAUAAUUGUGAAAGUCUAAUAAUGCUAAUGUCAUUAUACACGUCGAGUUGCAAAAACAUUCAAAAACGAUUAACGGUUCAAUAUACCCGGCAAUUUCUAUCAAAUCGAAAUCGCGUCGUAACAACAUUAUUAUUAUUAUUAUUGUAAUAGGACGUUUUUUGUUAUUGUACCGAUCGAUCCAUGUGACGUUUAGAGGGCGAAUAUUUUAUAAUAUUACUAUAUAUUAUUAUUGUACCCGCCGGGUUACUCAAAAAGUAAAAACGUCUUAAACAAUGAUUAUUAUACCGCCGAGUCGUAUACAUGUUUUUCAGCUAAAAAGAAAAUUACAGGUCUCAAGUAUGCUUCAAAUCGAAUCUCUACGUAAUAAUUCUCGGGUACAUAAUCUUUUUUCUUUUUUGCGUAUCAUCUAAAUUUGUUCGUAUCCAUUUUCGUUCCCGAUAGUCGGGUAUUCUAUUCACCAACAUAUCUCAUUUUGUCCUCUCAUUGGUAUUGGCGGCAUAGGUAUUCCAGUAAAUGUUUCGAUGUCUGCCCAUUUCGUCCAAUGCCUGCGAGUGUCAUAUUCGAAGUUUUCGUUUGCUCCAUCUAUGUAUAGAUUAAACAUAGAUGGGUUCUUCUUACUUUCGAUCUAACCUUAUUUUAUUAGCUUCCAUGUAGGCCGGUCUUAAGAUAUUUGCACCCGUCGGGAGGAAUAAUAUUUUUUCUCGGUUAAUAUUUGUAUGACUAAAAGAUUCGGGAAAUUUCUGAUUGCCCAUUUUCCGCAAGAAAACACAAAAGGGAACGGGAACAGGAACAACGAACUAGAUACUAAACAUUAUUUGAUGUGUGCAUUUUUCUUUUUAAUUGUUAGUUUAGUUACUUUACACUGUUUCGAUAGUAGUUCCAUUACCUGUAUACUCUAGUAUAGUCAUUAAUUUAAAUUAAGCCAUUUAACGAGUUAAAUAGUAAAGUUUUUAAAAUUUGUAAAGCUGUCUGUUUGCCAUCAUAUAUAUAUUUUGUUCAAAAGUUUGCCUCGCGGAAAAAACGCUCACCUUUCGAAGAAUGGUUAGAAAUCGAUAUUUUUUUUGAAAGAAAAAUACUUUUCGUAAGUCACGUCGAACUCAGACUGCAAAUUUCUAUAAAUUGUAAUAAACAUUUAAAAAGUUUAAAUUUUGAUAGUUUUUUAAUAUUCAUACAGACUAAUCAAAAAUCGGAAUUCAAUGCCACUUGUUUUGCUCUUUUAAAUUUAAAAAAUAUUUUUAAACUAUAGCGUUUUACAGGACGUGCAAGUUUUCCAUGUUGUCAUUUUCGUCAGUGAAACGGCUAUAUUCCUUCCCCUAAAUGGGUACCGGCCAGUAGAUUUAUUUUUACAUGGUUUUUAUGUUUCUUUUUUGUUUUUUUUUUUUUUUGGGAGGGACAGAUUCUAGAUUACACUUAUGUACACAAAACCGUUUACUGGUAUUCGAAAUAUUGAUAAUGCAAAUUAACUUUUAACCUAACUGUUAAUUAAUCUAUAAGAAAAUACAAUUUUUGAUAUUUGUUGAUUCGUUAAUUUCAUUUAAUUUAACUGAACUAUUAAUCGAGUUAAUUGUGUUCGUUAAUUUGUCCAAACUUGCCUAUAUAUGUAUAUAAACAUUAUACGGGACUGUUAACACUGUUGUAUUAAUAUUAACCGUCAAUGAUGUUCGAUAAUUAUAGGUUUCUACCUAAUAUUCUAUCGAUACACACGCGCACCUCGACCUACAUGUGAGCACCGUGAAUUAGGUACGAGGCACCUAAUAAUAAUCGUUAUGAAAUUAUAUAAAUUUUCGUAUUACGGUUUAUAAUAAUGUUAUUACCAUGAGGUAUAUCAUACAGACAGUAGGUAGUAUUAUAACAUAUGGCGGUCUGCUGAAUGCUGUUGCAGUGUGGGUCAGCUAUGUAAAAACAAAUAUUAUCAUCUUCGAGAGAAUGGCCUUAUCACUAUGAUAUAAUUUGUCUUUGUUUUAAUAAUAACGACGACCUUAACGCAACGCUGAGCUUGGUUUUUAAUGAGACUUUGGAUUUUUCCAUGAUUAAUUCACGUGUUUUCCUCACGUUUUUAAACACGCAAUGCGCUUAUGAUUUUGCGUCGUAGAUGAAAAAAAUGAAAAAAAAAAACAACGUUUCGAUACGUUUUCACCGCAUUUAAAUGCACAAUUAAAAACAACGCCGGUCGUCGUCGUAAUGAAAAAAAAAAAAAAAAAUACUCAUUUAGGAAGACGAACGACAUCAGUUUUGAUAUCCGAUCUAUAAAUAAAUAAUAUUUCGGUUAUUUUUACUCGUUUUUUAUACUAUAAAUUAUUUAAAAAUUCAUCUACGUAGUUUUAUUAAAAUUUCCAAUUUAAGUAACAGGAUGGGUACUUAAAUUGUAUCCAUUUUUUUGUUACCAAAACACUGUUGGUAGUGUCAUAUAAAAGGGGUAUGAGCGGUGCCUAAAACCGAACGCAAUACCUGAGAGGACUCAAGGAUAUCCCAUAAACCAAUAAAUAUUACGUUAAAAAUCAAUUAAUACACAUCGAAUUUGAAAUUUAAAAAAACCAGUUGUGAGAUAUAGUGAGAUAUGAGAUAAUGAAAACACCCAUUUGAUUGUAGUUUGCAAAAAUAUAUCAGUUUUGAAUUUUCUUUAUAAAUCAAAGUUCAUAAGGGCGCGUUUUAAAGCUUCGCACCGGGCGCAAUAUUUGGUUGCCACGCUGCUGAUUGCUGAAAUGUAAAUUGCUGAUUUCUGGUACCAUUUUUUGUGCGAAAUUUGCACUUAAUCUCUACAACAAUAUCUAUAAAUAUUGCGCAUUACUUCAUUUACCUAACCUCACUCGUAUCAGUAGUAUCUAUUUCGAUAUAAAUCAGAAGGUUACUUUACUUACCAAAUCUGAAAUCCUGUAUAAUUAAAACUAAACUUUUGGUGCAUAACAAUUAAAAUUAGCGAAAAUAACUAUUAUCUAAUAUAAUAUUAUGGAUUCAACAAAGCAGGUAGCGACUUUCGAACGUUUUGCGGUCAAUGUUAACUAGAAACAGUACAGAUAAUGAGAACACAAUAUAUUUCGUCUUCUCACCACAAAACUGACCAAGACCUUGCGGCUAAGCCGAUAUUAUUUCCUUUAGUGAGCCUUGAUGCUGCAGAGAUUCGACUACGCUUGAGAUAUCCUAGCCUAAAUAAUUACAUACGAUUCAUUAUUAUUAUAAAUUAUAAUAUAUUUUAAUUACCAAAAAAAUAAAAAUAACUUUUUUUUUUUAACAUCACGAUGUUUUACUAUUAUUUUUUACAGGAGUCGAAUGAAACAUGGCGUCGGCGUCAGGUCUGGUGAAUAUGGCCAUCGACAGAUACAUAAACCUCGUGGACUCUAUAAGCGGUAAUACAUUUAUUGAUGUUAAUUAUUGUUAUAUUUUCGUUUUAUUAUCGAGAGACUUAUUACAAAUUUUUGCUCUCGUAUAUAGGUAUUGUAAUUAAACAAAAACAUAUUUUUUCUCGUUUUCGACACAGACCCGCGAGUGAACGACUGGCCGUUGAUGGACAGUCCGUUCCCGACACUCAUCAUGGUGAUCACGUACUUGUACAUUGUCACAUACCUAGGGCCUAAAGUAAUGGCAAACCGAAAACCCUUCAAACUCAACAAUGUUCUGGUGUGGUACAACGCUGGUCAAGUCAUCUUCAGUCUCGUCAUGCUGUGGGAGGUAGGACGACAAAAUAAUACAAUUACAGAAAUACAACAUAAUAAUAAUAAUAAUAAUAUUGAUAAAAUAACUUGUACAUCUCAACUUUUAAGCACGAUAUCUAUUAGCAACCCUGGGUUAAGGGGGGAGGGGAGAACCAAGCAAUAGCAUUGGACCGCGGGCCACAAUACUCCAAGGGCCUCAGCUAGGUAUCACAGCAGUAUAAAAUUUUCUUCGUUUAACCGUUGACUUUGAAUUUUGAUAAUUUCACACGUUUAAUAUUUUUGUUUAGUGAUAGGACACUUCUGAAUUUGCAUUCGAACACCUAAUUUGAUAUGGCCCCCAUAUGUCGCGUCGUCCUCUCAACCGUGCCCACGGUCACUCCACCAAUAACCCGAGACGUUUGACAGUUCAAGUCCAGCGGUAAUAGCGUUAGAAGCCAGGUACGAGUAGCUCAGUGGUAGAAUGAUCACCCGGCAAGCGGGAGACUCGGGUACGGUUCCCGGUCCAGUCGCCUGGUCUGUAGCACUGCGAUCCGGAUCAGAACGGCCGCGUCAAACUUAACCGAAUAGUUUUAUUCGGAAAAACUGUUUAAAUAUUUCGAAAAACAAUUCAGAUUUAAACGAUUCGGUUGUGCACUGAUACAUUAUUCCGUUACCUGUUAAUGCUUCCAAUUAUAAAAUAUACGCUAAGCUUUUGAACCGCGUGGAUCUCUACCGUGUAUUAUCUGCAUUAUGUAUCUCUAUAUUUUGUCGUUUGUCUUUUGUGGUCAAAACGACAUAUCGGAUAGUAGUUUUCGACAAAUAUCGUUUUUGACGGCCUCGUCGAAAAGACCCCGGCUUCUGAAUGCAAUCCUUCCGAUAUCGCGGCUACUGACGGGUAUUGCACGGGCACCGGUACGCGUGGUUUUCGUUUACCGUCGAAUCGCGAAAUAACGCGCGUCGCCGUUAAUAUUGAAUAUCCCAUUGCGUCACGCGCGAUAACAUAAUAAUACAAAACAAGUUUUAUCAGCUAAACAACGCGAAAGUCGAACAGCCGUACAGGUAGAUAAUAAUAAUAACGGUAUACCGUACGGUUUUGGAAACGUCAGUGGGUCAGCGGAUCCUCUUCGGGUGAUGCGUGUUAUAACGAAAUUUCCGAGAUGCGAGCGUGUGCGAAACGCCCGUAUAUACCCGACGCGCUGCAAUAACACCGUUGACGUAAAUAAUAGCUCAUUGGGUUGUGCAAGCGGUGACCUAUUCGAUAAAUGUCUAUAACGAGUAAAUAAUAAUAAAUAUCCGCCGUCGUACAGGUACGCCGCAAUGACACUUUAUUUAUGCGCCGCAACGCUGCGCGGGUCCGUCUCGAAAACCGGAAUUCGCAUGGUAACCACCCCUUUUACCGUCUCGAGACUAAUGACGGUAUAGCGUACAACGCAAAUACGUAAACGAAGUUUCGAAAAUAAAUCGUCCGACCCGACCGCGCGCCAGUCGUAUUUCUUCGGUCCCCGGGAAGCAGCGGUUAAGUCGGCAUUUUUUUUUUCUUCUGCCCGUUUGCGUUUAGGUAAAACGGCCACCGUGUGUAUAUUUUACCUGACGCGCUUCGAAUAUUGAAAGUAAUAAUAUCUUAAGCCGGUAUAUGAUGACGAAUGCUCACCAUAGGCGCAACUAGGGGAGGGGGAGGGGCCUGGGGAAAUAAGUGCCUCUAGUUUUCCAAACAGCCUCCUCCCAGUUACGACGAAUACAUAGAGCUGGAUGUAUUGAUGUUUUAUAAUAAUUAUUUGUAUUUGUUUUUAUGAUUACAAUAAUGUAAUACAAUAUUAUAUUUUCAAAACUAAGCAAAUAAAUUUGUUUGAAGCUAUAGCCCCCUACCCCCAGGAUUUUUAUCUUAGUUGCGCCUAUGAAUUAUCGCGUCACGUUUGAGAAAAAAGCAUAAUAAUGCGAUGACCAAAACCUUUCGGAAUGCCUGCGUUUAGUCCAUUUAACAAUAAUUUAACCGUUCAGCAAUGUCGACAAUUCAAGAACUCGCUCUUAUCGAGAACUGUUCAAAAUCGACUUGAGCCCUUCUUCCCCGGGACCGUAAGACAUUACCACUAUAUAGUGACGUGCCGUUUGAUACGCGGCCGAUUAUCGUCGUUUUUUCUCGAAGAAAUUCUGAACCGACUACGGGAAGCCGGGUCGCGAUUGUCGGGGUUGCACAAGGAGUUCGUGGACGUAUCUGACCUUGACCCAUUUCCCCGAAGACGUCCGUACGAAUAUUCGGGUGUUUUUUAAUUUUUAAAUUUUUUUUUGUCUUUCCGAACCCCGCCGUCGUCGACAUUGAAGAGCGGGCUCGCACGCGAAACCGUUACGAGAUCAACCGUUAUUCCGUUUAAACGUCGAUAGCGUGCGUUAUUUAUUUGUCUUUUCCGUGUGAAUUUCGGACAGAGGGGGAAAAAAAGGCGAAAAAAAAACAACGAGAAAUCCCCCCCCCCCUCCGGCCCGCCGCAGCGUGUGGCGGUUUCGCGGUGUCGGCACUCCCGAAUAUUAUGGACAAAAAAAAAAAAAGAACAAAAAAACAAAAAGCGAAAAACUCGUUAUCGUGUCGCGUUACGGUCUCCGACGUCCGUCCGCGUGCGUUUCGCUUUCGGCGAGCGCGGCACCGCGCGCGGCGUUCGACAAAAAUCCGCGUCCAUGUCCACCGGCUGUGACGUAACCCGACGACGCGGCCGGGCAACAAACGGCCCUCUCCGACCGUCCGCCGGACCGCCGCCGCACGCGAGUCCUCGGCGUGAUGCAACCGCCGCCGCCGUCGCCACGACCCAACCCCGGCCCGGUCCGCGCCGAGACUCGCCGCGUUCCUUUUAUAAUAUCACAUUUUUUUUUUUUUUUUCCUUCUUCUCCGCCGCCGCCGCCGCCGCCGCCGCCGUCUUCUUCUUCUUGUCGUUUUUAACGCGCUCGUGUACACCUCGCGUACUUUCACUCGAACGCCACGCCGGGUCACCGCAUCGGGGUCAUGAUCACGACGACGUAUCGAGCUGGUGCCGGCGUAUACCUACGGGCUCGAAUCGCGCCACCACGUGCAGUUUCGACCGCCUCUCUUAUUGCCCGUACACCGCGCCCGACCCGCCCGCCUACCUAUUAUUGUUAGAUAACGAUAAUCCGGUAAUUUUUCGAACGUCCGAUGCUGUGUACGACGGCUAAAACUAAAUAUUGCGCCGCCGCUGUAACACCGCGAGUACCUACCGGACCGGCGGAUUACUACGGUUCGGCGAUGCUCUACGUGCAUCUUUGCUCACCCCUCCCCCCCCCCGGAGAAAACGGGCCCCGAGUCGACUUCGCGUGAUAUCGUUUUCGAUACGAGCGAAUGAAAUUUCGAAAACUAACGAACGACGCCGCGAUUCCUAAAUGGCCCAACCUAAAUACGGUUUUCUAAAUAAUCGUUCGUGUCACGUAAUUAUACGACUUAUGCGUUUGACCAAACAAAAGAUAUUAUGUCGUAGAGAUUCGGGGAUUUUAAAUUCAUCAGUUUAACGUUUAUUCGAAUAUGGAAAUUCAGAGAGAAAAAUAAAGAAAACAAAUAGACAAAAUUAUGUCAGUGGUCAAAGUGGUAAAAACUUUUAAGGGCCUGUAUAAUCCGAAAAUUGAGGGGCGUUCCUGUGAACUAACUAAACCUAACCAAACUUUCAGUAAAUAAUGGAGACAAAGUUUCCAAAAUGUUUUUCUUUUACACACGUUUAUUAAUAAAAAUGUUAUACUAAUAAGAGUUAAAAAAAAACUUCAACCACCCCCUCCUCCCAUUAAAAUAAUAUCUCACGCAAAUGCACGUUCUGUUAAAACAAAGUAAAACGGCGUCUGAUUAUAUAUAAUCUAAUGGAAUUUAUUUUUAAUAAAAUUUAUUUGAGUUUUUAAAACUACAUUAAAAACGUCUCGUUAACAGUAACUAAAUCGUCCAUCCGGACAUUGAAGAUUUAAACUAAAGGAGACUAUUCAUUUCAACUUUAAAAAAGAUUCCUUCCUCGCCCCCCCCUCUCUGUGACCACCUAAUCAAACCCUUCUUCCCCGAAACCGAUAAUAUGCGAGUAUUUAUCUAUUUUUACAACAACAACAUUAGUGCAAAUAGAGAGGUGCCCGAAACUCAGUCAAAGUUCUCCAAAAUCAAAUUCUCGUCAAGUAAAUACAGUACACAUAAGUAUACACGAUCAGUAUUACGGAUGGUCCCGAACAUUUUUUAGAUAUUUACUCAAAUAAUGAACAACAAUAAUUUAUUGUGUGGUUUUUCUCAUCGGGAAUCCUUAGAACGCUUUUCUCGGUAAUAGCUCAACGACUUAAAAAAAUACGUACCAACUGAGUUAAUAUAGGACGGACUGUAUACUUAUAGCGGGUUUUCAACGAAAAUGUUACUUCUCUAAACUCUGCACUCAGAAUUUAUCAUUUUCCGAAUCCGACAACUAUUUGAAAUACAGUGCCCUUUACCUUUGUAGGGGUCGACUUAUAUCGGAUGGCUUAUGCGCAAACAGUUUCUAGCCUCUUUUUCUAUGUGUUUUCGCAACAUUACAAUCUAUUAUUGAGUUUUGAACGUCUUUACUACACUAAAUAAUCGGUAGAGGGUUUUCUUUUAAUUUUGAAAAAACGUCAUUGUAUAGUCGACUGUGUAUCGGUUCCGAUUCUAAAUCGUAUGCCGAAUCAUAUAAAAUACACAAAUUUUGAUGUCUUACCAAAUUUUUGAACGAUAUGACAAUAAUAUUAUGGUUUUUAUUUUAUUUUUAGAAAACUAUUCUUUAACGAGAUGACAAUUUCGUUUUAUAGAUUAUUACUAAUAAAUAAAUAUACAUAUUAAUUUCAGACUUGUUUUUUUUACCAAAUUUCCUAAUUCGUUGUUUUUCGGUUCUUUUAAAAACAAUCAUAAUAAAUAGGGACGAAAUUAUUUCGAUUCCAAUUAAGAUGUGCUCCCGACCAUCGUUCGUCGUUCUCCUCGUUAAAAUAAUUUUAAAUUUAAGGAGAUAUAGUAUUACACACCUCUACGCACUAAUAAUGUACACACAAUUCGGUUUUCCUUUUUUCGUCCUUGUCGACGAAUAACCGCGGUUACCGUCUGUUUGCCAGUAUAAUUGCAUAGUUAUAAUAGCCUUGCCGAUAAAAUAUGAACACACGAAAUCAACGACAAAAGAAAAACAUUCCUGUACCAUCCAUCACAACAAAAUAUGUAUAUGUUUGUAUGUACCUUGAUAUUUGAUAACAAUACAUCUUUUGACUGUCUAUAAUAUAAUGCUAUGUACUUCAGUAUAUAAUAAACAAUAAUAUUAUCACACGGAAUGACCUAAAAACCUUUAGGACCGAAUUCGCCCAUAGCACCCGUACUUGGGCGCAUAAUGAUGAUUCGCGAUGGACACAACCGAAUAGUUUCUAUCUAACUAUUCGAUAGUUAAGCGUGUUCGUACUACUGAUAGACGAAAAAUAUCCGAAUAGUUCAACUAUUUGGUUAUGGUAACGAAAUGUAUUCGAAUAGUUUUUCGGAAUAUUCGUCGGUUCAUCAAACCUAUCGAAAACGAUCUACCGUGUAAACUAUUUUGAAGUGUCCGUAGCGAACAAUAAUUAUUAAAAAUUACGAUUUUCUUUAUUUUCGUGGAUUUUCGUACACCGAACAAUUAUUUUGAAAAACGAUGUAAUCGAAAUAUUUCAAAAUGCGUAAUAUUUCCGGUAUAUAUAAUUGAUUAGAUAGAUUAGCUGAUAACAUUAAUUAAUUAUUGGGACAUACAAUUGUCUAAUUUUCCAAAACUGAAUAUUUCGCCUAGAAGUCAACGGAAAUAAAAUCGAUCGAUCGACAUUUGUAUUUUAAAUUCUAUAGAAAAACUGUCGAGAGUCUAAAAAUUGUUUUCAAUUAGAGUACCAACACCGACCGAAAAAUUUGGAGAAUUUUUUUAAUAACCAAAAAGUUGUUUUCCGAGAUUAAAAAAAAAAAAAAACAUAUCUUAAUUAAAACUAUACUUAUGGCUUCGUCGCACACAUCUCAAAAUGCUAAAAGUUUUUUUUCGUGUGCCUACGUGAAAUCAAUCGUUUGCCAAAUUAUAUACCUAAAUCGAUCGUUAAAAAUAUAAUACAAUUGUAGGUACACAGUAUAAGACUUGAGCAAUUUUCGUAACGGUACGUUUCGUUUUUUUGCGAAAUUUUGUAACUUUUUCGGCCCAUGCACCGUGGUGUAAGGAUAUAAUAAUAAUAAUAGUAAUAAUAACACAACCGUUCCCUUUUUUGCGAUGGGUUUACUUAGGCGUACCGGCAGUACACGCAGAAUAUUAUAUAGGUACGUUUCAUUAAUUUACCGCUGACAAACCGCAGCAAAAUACGUACAUACGUACAUAGUGACUGCUGUUCUUUGCCAAUGUUUGACGUAUUGCGAAACAUUAAAAAGAAAAAAAAAAAUUACCGAGAACCCGUUAAUUAUAAUAAUAAUAAUAAUAAAAAUGAAUAAAAUAAUAAUUAUUAUGUCACCCGGUCGACCACUGGAACGCCUCGAGCUAUGGUGCAAAACUAUAGAGCUACAUAGGUGUAUUAUAUUAUAUUGUUAGUAGAGUUAUGUGACAAAGUGUCGUGGAAUUUCUCACCGAAAAAUCGGGGUCUUCGGUAUCUAUAACGUGUAUCUUUUUGGUCCCCGGGGAAACAAGGACUAAGUCGAUUUCGGGCAAUUUUUGUUUUUUUUUUUUGUACUUAAGUUCGACCAACCAAUAAUGUAAUUUGUUCCUUUUUAUUUAGAAAUCUAAAUGGCAUGAGUGUAUGUCUAUUAUUUUAACGGAUUUUACACCGAAAAUUAAAAUAUUAUACGUCACUCUGUAAUGCCGCAUUCAUUGCCUACAAAUUUAGCCGUAAUUAACAACGCCAUGCUAUAAUUCCGAUUCUCAACAUUUGACUCGCUCGUGUUGAAAACUGUACGGAAAUUGACAUUCUCUUCUCUGGGACCAGAUAAUACAUUUGAACAUAAUAUAAUAUAUCGAUAUUCGCGUAUAUAGUAUUGCAUAAUAUUACUUAUACAGUAUUAAAUUUUGUUGUUUCUUUUACUAAUUUUUCAGCACUUGAUGAGCGGUUGGUUACUGGACUACAGCUAUAAAUGUCAACCGGUCGAUUAUUCGCACAAUCCUACCGCGUUGAGGGUGAGCUUAUUUUUAUUUUUUUUUUUUGUUGUUUCUAUCAUUGCGUGUGUAUUAUUAUCUGAUAUAAUAUUGAAAAUCCGGUUAUUGUUCGUUCGUUUUAUUUUACAGAUGGCCAAUUUGUGUUGGUGGUACUAUAUAUCCAAACUGACCGAAUUCGUCGACACGGUAAUAAUAAUGAUAAUAAAAAAAUUCAAAUUACAUUACUCAUAUUAAACUUACCCACACUUUACACGCCGCGUUCGUUUUUCAGGUGUUCUUCGUGUUGAGGAAAAAAGACAAUCAAAUCAGUCUGUUGCACUUGUACCAUCAUUCGCUCACACCCCUCGAGACAUGGAUUUGCGUUAAAUUCAUCGCAGGUAAAUUAAUAGCAUUGCUGCAGUUAUGAUGAUACCUUUAUUAUGCCAUCCGUAACAACGAUAACAAUUGUUGUUAUCCGCAAUAUUAUAACGUUAUUAAACGCCAAAAUUAUUGCUAUAAUAUGUAUUAUGUUAUAUUUUGAACAUUUGAAAGUCACAUUAUUAUUAUUAUUAUUAUUAUACGACUACUAUAUACGCGAAAGUCAUAUUAUUAUAGGACCGCGAAGUCGCUGACCCAGUUGGAGUGUAAACACCGCGGCCUGCGAGGAAAUCUCGAAAUUUAAUCAUUUUUAAAUACCCUAAGGAAUUGGGUUUAUAGCGUUUUUAACGCGUUUACCUACCUACAAAUACCGACUAACCAUACCCGUUGUUGUAGGUGCACCCAUACAUGAUUACGUUGCGUUCGAUCAUCACUUACAAAAUUCUUGUCGUGGAGUCAAAAUAUAAUUUCACCAUUAUACUUGACUUUAUUAUAAUAUGUAUGUACGUUGCGGUGUGUUACUGUGUACAUGAUAUGUGCACGCUUAUUUAAUUUUGAAUUUUAAUUUUAAUCGCAAAGAGUGUAUUAAAAAACCGCGAUAAUAUUAUUUUGAAUUUAACUUAUAUCAACUAUUGCUAUAGCUAUCUCGGCAGUUUCCAUUUAAUUCCCCUUCUUUUUUUUUUUUUGACCAUUUUAAAGCGGAAUUUUCGAAAACCCGUAAAAUAAUCGAAAUCAAUAACAUAAAUUCAAUAUAUUUAGUCUCCCCCGCUGUCUCUGAGUGUCUCUCCUGUCUGUCUUUUAAUUUCAUUCGCGUCACCAAGACGAUCCAGAAAUCAACAAAAAAACAAAAAUCAGUAUUCGUUACGUAAUUCUGUGCGAACCAUAAUUUAGUGGUUGAUUUUUAGAAAACCGACAUUGAGGUGCACACGGACUCGCGUCAAUCCGUUUUCGUAAACAAAUUGUCUGACUUCUACUUGCAACUAAACAUUUUCAGAUUUGUCCACGCAGUAGAUACCUAAAAGACGUUGAAUUUCCUAGCGGUAGUAGUAAUUUGAAACAAUUUAUCGAAACGUUUAACAUUUCAUCUCAAGGUCCAAUUUGAUUUUCGUUGAUUUCCGGGUUCCUUACCAACAAGAGAAAAACCACGACUCAUCUUACUCCACUCAGAAUCGAUUUUCGUUUCCCAUUAUUUAUCGUUGCAUACGGUACGUUAUAUAAACUAAUAAUCACUCUGUCGAUCUUCCGUCUAUCUUUUGCUCUGUAUAGAAUAUUCUUACAACAGUGGCCUACACAUACGGUGCGAAAUAUGUCCAGCUUUAUUCCCCGUUUAAAACCGUUUGUAAAAAUAUAAAAACCGCUCCGGAACAAAAAUGAUUCGUCAGUACUAUAAUAAUAAUAGAUUAAAAUAUGACAAUAUUAUUUUUUUUGUUUAUUUCAGGCGGUCACGGAACGUUUUCAAACUUGGUGAACAACUUGGUGCACGUGAUCAUGUACUUUUAUUACAUGAUGUCCGCGAUGGGACCUCAAUAUCAAAAGUACCUCUGGUGGAAAAAGCAUCUGACCACUCUGCAACUGGUCCGUAUAGUAUUAUGAUGAUAUUAAAUUUGUAUUAUGUAAUCAAAAUACACUAAUUCUUUAUAAACGGAAAAUUAUGACAAUGUAUUACGUCGGUUUUAUUGAAACGUAUUGUACUGUUAUGCGCGCAGGUCCAGUUCACGCUGGUGUUCUUCCAUUCCGCUCAAGUACUGUUUUUCGACUGCGGAUACCCGAAAAUUGUCGCCGCUCUACUGUUGGUGCACUCGACCAUUUUCUUCGCCCUGUUUUUCGAUUUCUACCAACAGGCGUACAAGAAGAACAAGCUCAUGCAGGCCAAAUCGCAAUAAAACGCGCGUCGCUCGGGGGGCAUUACGUUAGUUCAACCGACUAAAAAUCCGAUAAUAUACGAGUGGCACUACAACGAUAAUUAUUACGGACAAAUGACAAUGUGUUUUUAGAAAAUCGAAUAGUUUAUAAACCAUAAGUUAACCGUUUCUGUCGCAUUAUAUUGUGCUGCAGUAGUUAUUACGUCGUUUGUGCGCCACCUAUACAAUAUAUAUAUAUAUAUAUAUAUAUAUAUCAAAUAUGGUGAGUACGUCCAAACAGCAGCUAUAAUCACAAUGCGUAUAUUAUAUUAUAAUAUCAUCAUAUAUAUAUUAUUAUUUUUUAUACUCGUAAAAUAUUGUCACCGUGACCUAUUUAAGUUGUUCCCAAAAAGUAAAAUAUAAGUCAAACAAACGAAUUUAUAUUUGUCGAUCGGCCCCGCACGAUCGUUAUAAUAUUUAUCAGCGCAUCGAUAAUAUUAUCAUAAUAUUAUUUAAUAUUAAUUAUUACUAUAAUCAAAUACUAGAUGUAAUUUUUUACAUUACGUUUUUAUAUAAUAAUAAUAAUAUGCUCAUUAAACUGUACGAGUUAAGAAUUAUUUUUUCAUUUUUACUAUUAUUACUAUAUGUACAAUAUAUAAUAUUUAAUAUGAUUUUAUAUUGUAUAAAAUAUAUUAUACUAAAUGCAAUAUUACCAAAAUAUUAUACUAUAGUGCGUACAAUUAUUAGACGUAUUUUAUUAUAACUCGACAUUAAUAUAUAUAUAUAUAUAUAUAUAUAUAUAUAUAUAUAUUGUAUGAUUUAAUGAGACUUCAAAUUUAUAUAUUCAUCGU